CCAUUUUUCUGUGUGUCAAACAAGCGUUGAUUGUGCUGUAUUAGAGUUUUGGCUAUAAUUAAAAUAAUCUAAAGAAAAUAGAGCGUUUGUAUUAUUGUAUUGUUUUUAUUUUCUUUUAUAUUUUGAUUACAUUUUAAUUUUAAAGCUUAACGACAAUGGCGGAUGUGCUAGAUAUUGAGAAUUCUGAAGAAUUUGAAGUCGACGAGGACGGUGAACAGGGCAUUGCACGACUGAAGGAAAAGGCGCGUAAACGUAAAGGACGUGGUUUCGGAAAUGAAUCAGGUGGUGGUUCGGAAAGAGGCAACAGAGGCAGGUACGAUAGUCUAGCACCAGAAGGUGACGGUACCACACCAGGACCUCAGAGAUCUGUGGAAGGUUGGAUCCUGUUUGUGAGCAAUGUACAUGAGGAGGCACAGGAGGAAGAUAUACAGAGCCAGUUCUCCGAGUUUGGUGAAAUAAAGAACAUACAUCUGAACCUGGACAGACGCACUGGGUUCCUGAAGGGUUAUGCUUUGGUGGAAUAUGAGACCUACAAGCAAGCCGCCAGCGCAAGGGAAGCUCUCGACGGCGCAGACGUUCUCGGCCAGGCCAUAUCAGUGGACUGGUGCUUUAUCAAAGGGCCCACGAAGACCCACAGGAAACGACGAUAAACUCUUAUUAUGCAGUGAAUAUGUAUUGCACUUUUACAGACUAUACACAGUACAGUAAGUUAGCAAAGCAAGCUUCACCAAUAUCAGUGUAGCUGUGAAGCUGUGCAUUGAGAGGGAAACUUUGAGCCUCAUACUGGAAAUUUCUGAAAACUCAUAGAGGCAUUAUUAAUUUGUGGAUCAGUCAUGUUACCAGUUUUUGGCACAAAGAUUUUUUUUUUUCAUCUAAAGGUCUUAAUAAGUUCUAUCUAAUUUAUAAAUCUACUUUGUUUCAGCACUAAGAGGGAUAGCCAAAAAUUAAAUACUGAAAUUGACUAUCUAUUAAAUUAAUCAACUAAAUCAUUAGGCAUUCGAUUUAGUCUAUGCCUAAGUUGAGCGAAAACAGGUAUAAGUCGUUCAUUCUGAACACAUUCCAGCACCACAUGGUAAAUAUUCUCAAUCACCCCGGGGGUAGUUAGGUUUAUCAUUUUUUUCUAAUUAGUUAGGCAAAUUUAUUAGUUGGAAUAUGUUCAAAGCGAUUGAUGUUACAGUUAUCAAACCAACAAUGAUUUACAUGGCGGGGGCUGCAUCGUCAUGUACCAAACGCCUUCCACACUGGACAGACUAAUUUGAAUUUCUUAGUGUACAUGAUAAUUUUUGAAUUAAGUUAUUCAUAUUAGUCUAUAAUAUAUCAUUUAAAAGUGCUCUGCAUAAAUACAUUAUCUAAGUUAAGACUAAUGUUUAUUUUAAUAUAAGAAAUUGAAGUAAAAUACUA